AUGGAGCAAGUGCAAGAGCCAGUGGUUGCUCCUGAGCCGAAGCAUGUGGUAAAGACUAUUGACAUCUCGUCGAUCUUGCCGGCACCAACUUAUCUUCCCAGUAUAUCCUCCCUGAACCUUAAUGAUGACGGCACCGAUAAGGACAGUGCAGCCGAUGGGGACGAGACAGAGCUCGACGAAACCUCCAGAAACACGCGGUUGAAUGCUCUGCUUUAUGACAAAGCUGUGGCUGAUUUUGGGGAAGAUACAAAUUUUCCAAGCUCUAGAACGGAACUGCGAUCGGCCUCUCCAUCAGUUUAUACGGCCAGUGGGCAGCUGCUGUCUCCUUCCCUGAAACCUGCCGGUUCUGCGAAGAAACCUGCGCACAUACGACCCGAUAUGUUCGAAGUGCGAAUCAUGUUUGAAACGCUCUCCGCGGCUGAGUCUUCUAACCUUACACUCACAUUAAAGACUCGCCAUAAGGACUUCAGGUUUUCACGGAUAUCUCGGACUUGGCUGUGCGGGUAUGAUGAAAACGAAUGUUCUCUGGUUGCAUUGAAGUGGGCUGUUGAUGAGAUGAUGGAUGAUGGAGACACAAUUGUUUGUUUGCGAGUGUUGGACAAGCACCCAGACGAAGUGAGGAAGGCCGCGGAGAAAUACAAACGCGAAAGUUCCAGUAUAAUGGACGAGAUCAUAUCGCAGAACGUGAGUGAUAAGGCUAUUUCGAUUGUUUUCGAGCUUUCUGUGGGAAAAGUGCCCAAGAUGAUUGAAAAAGCGAUCUCGGACUACGAUCCAAGCAUCCUCAUUGUGGGAACCCGUGGAAUACAGAAGACCAAAUUCAAAGACGCGUUCAUCACCCCAAAGUCCAUGUCGAAGUAUUGUCUCCAGUUCUCGUCGAUUCCUGUGAUUGUUGUGAAUCCGUGGUAUGUUUCCACGCCCCUGAAUAUCAGUGCUAAUAAUAGCUCUGUGAAUCUGACUGACGAAAAUCCGAUAGAUGACUUAAGUGCGGUUUUCAAGGAAAGAUUAGAGAACUACGUGACUUCCCCAAUAGGUACUCCAACUGCAAGACCUCUCCUUGCACACCAAGAUUCCAGUGGAAGCAUUUCUCAUAUAUCCCUCGACUCCAGUGUUGAACCCCGUUCAAGACUGUCCAAGUUCAGAAGGGCACUUUCUCCAGCGCCCUCACCGUCUCAGUCUCCUCUCAUGUCACCAUCCGAUGAGCGGGCCCUUUCACCUGUUAGAAGUCGGGGAAUGUCGCCAGGAGGUUCAUUGCUGCCGAGAAAUUGGUUGAAGAAGAAGACUCAAAGUGAACGAUAG